AUGUUUGGUGCACUAAGGCGCCGUUGCGGUCGCACGUCGCGGGUCAUGCAGGGAGCCGCUGCCACCCCCGCGCCCCCCGCGGCCGAGCCGCCAUCCUCACAACAUAUCAAAACAGAGGAGGUCAUCACGGAAGCUAAAAUAGAAACUGAAGAAGAUAUGGACAAAAUGGUCGAAACUAAAGACAUGAGACCGAAUAGAACGACCAGCAUCGAUAGUGAUAACCGCUCAGAUAGGAGUGAAGAGGAAGAAUCGAGAAGAAUUAGAAAGAGGGCAGCCGCCAUGUCCCCCUCGUCGAUGCCGCUUGACAAGCGAACUGCAAGAUUCGAAUGCCCUAAAUGCCAUUUACGAUUCGAUUCUGCCAACACUUUUGAUAUUCAUCGGUUCACCGCUCACGGAGAUGACAGCAGAAUAGGUUACGACGACCUAAGCUUUAAUAUCUCAACCAAAAAGUACCCAGAUAUUGCACGAAGUUUAUGUGAACGUAAUAUAACGGUUACAGAACAGCGGUUCCGAUGCGAUAUGUGCUCACGAGAUUUCCCAAGCGGACAAACUUUGGAAAUUCACAAGAAGACGUGCACCAACACUCGAGUUCCUAGCCCUGAGCGUGACAGGCGAGAAGACUUCUUUGCUAAACUUGAUCUUAGAAAUAGGUCUUACGGCAUCCCGGGCACUCUAACGCCACCCAUGGAUAGAUUCACUCCAAAGUUUGAAGACAGUCAUCUAUCCAAUGGCAUAAGACACAUCGAUGCAGCGAGAGAUCUAGCAGAUAUUCAAUCAAUCUUAAACGUAACAUCUGCUGGAAGCCUUCUAGAAAGGUUAACCGGCACUCGAGUAUCAUUAGGCGAUGCCGUCUUGACGCCUCCAGAUACUGCUUCCAAGGAUAGAGAACAAGAAGAAACACAAGAUAACUUUGCAGCAGAAUUUAGACGAAUGAAAUUGAGGGGUGAAUUUCCUUGCAGAUUAUGCCCGGCUAAGUUCCCUAACUUGCGUGCGUUAAAAGGGCACAAUAGAGUUCAUCUCAGUGGAACUGGUCCAGGACCGUAUCAGUGCAAUAUGUGCCCUCAUGCUUCUCUUGACAAAGCUGCUUUAGUACGACAUAUGCGCACACACAAUGGUGAUCGUCCAUACGAAUGUGCAGUUUGUAAUUACGCCUUUACUACUAAAGCAAACUGUGAACGACAUCUCCGAAACAGACACGCCAAAAUUACAAGAGAAGACGUUAAACGCUCAAUUAUCUAUCACCCAUCCGAAGAUCCUAAUAAUGAUGAAGUCAAUUCAAAACUAGCUCGUGAUGAAGUCAAAAGGUCACUUGCAUUCCAAACGCCGGAAAUUGAAAGACGCACCGAGAGUACUGGUAGAGAAACGCCGCUUACACAUUUUAAUCCUAGUUUUAUUGCUGAAAGACACCCAGUAGCAGCAUUAACAGCAAAACCAUUACUGGAAAGUCCUUUACUAGCUCAAAGAGAAACUGAACAAGCUUUACCUAGGAUUAAAGUAAAAGGUAUCGGCCAAUUAAAUCAAAUACCAGAAUUCAGACCACCGGAAUUGACAUACAAAGCUAAUGAUACUCCGUCUGAAACUUAUGAUGAGGAGGCUCCUGUUGAUCUCAGUACAAGUGACAAUAAUAGUUGUGAUGUCUUAGAUCUUAGUAAAAAGAAACGCAACGUCGACGAUGAUGAACCUAAGCCACCACCGAGACCUUCGUAUGAACCUGACGCGGCUGCUGUUGCUGCAUCGACUUUUGAAAAGGCAAGGCUUUUACUAGCUCAACAAAGAUUAUUCGAAAAUACUCUUCCAAAACUGGACCCAACCUAUUAUGCAAAUCAAUUAUCGCAGCUUUAUGCUGGAGCAGUUCCGGGUAUCCCAGGCCUAUCACUACCCGCUUCAUUUCCAAUCAGCCCUUACUUUCUUCAGCCUUCUUUUUUUCCACACCCAACUGAUUCUCAAGAACUUGCCGAAAUAAAGCAACGUAUCCAAAAGGAAAUAAUCCGUGGCUUAAGUAUGUCUGGAGGUCGACUUGUAGCAAAUGAACAAGAAAUACCGACCAAACAUGAGCCCGAAGAAGAGGAGCAAAAGCCGUUAGCCUUACCUAGGUCACCUUCGCCAACUCCGCAAUCUGAAUCUCCCAGACCGUUAAGUAACAAUCUCGUAUCGCCCAACGAUUCAGUAAAGAUGGUGAUAAAAAACGGCAUCCUGAUGCCAAAACAGAAACAGCGUCGAUACCGCACUGAAAGACCUUUUUCUUGUUCACAAUGUUCCGCUCGUUUUACUCUUCGAUCGAACAUGGAGAGACAUGUUAAACAGCAACAUCCGCAGCAUUGGAGCGUAAGAAGACCAGCCCCAAGAGCUCCUCCGCCAUACCCUAAUACAGAAGCUUUAACAGAUCGAGUGAAGUACGCCCUAUUGGCUCGUCAUUUAGAGAGACCUUUGCAGCAAAGCGAUCGAUCUCCAGCACGAAGAGAUUCUGACGAAGUAGCAGACAAUGAAGAAGACGAAGAAGAUGCGUUAGUAAUCGAUGAAGAACCUGAAUCUGAUCAAAAAUUUGAUGAACACUCAGCAGCCCAUAGGGCUGCAGCAGAAAUUUUGAUGGCAACGCGUCAACAAGAACUACAUAAAGACUUUGACUUAAAAAUAGCUGGAAAUUUAAUAAACAAACCAACUCCGAUUACAACUGAUAAGACUGAGACUGGAACAGAACCUAAUACUGUGUCUGGUCCUGAAUCAUUACCUGUGCCACCUGUACCUUCACGCAGCGAUGAAGAAGAAGACGAGGAAGGUCUGGUCGCUUCGACCAGUGAAGGAAAUAAUUCUGGCAGUGAUGAAAACAAAUCCGAAUCGGAUACUGGGAAUCAACCACCUAAGAAAAAGUCCGCAUACAGCUUAGCACCAAACAGAGUGUCAUGCCCAUACUGCCACAGAAAGUUUCCUUGGUCAUCUUCACUCAGACGUCACGUGCUCACCCAUACCGGUCAGAAACCUUUCAAGUGCCCACACUGCCCAUUAUUGUUCACUACCAAAUCUAACUGUGACCGCCAUCUGUUGAGGAAACAUGGAGGAUCAGCUCGAGCUAUACUCGCUGAACCUAUCCCAGACACUGUGGCCCAACCGCAGCCUAUAAACGACACGAGAACUGUUCCAGAGAGACCGUUUAAAUGUGCUUCGUGUCCAACCAGCACAUUUUCAACUAUGGACACUUUAAAAAAACACAUGUCAUCUAGACAUGGGACCGGUGAUCAUCCUGAUUCUCCGAAUACGGAAAACGAUGACGCCACAGACGGCAUAGUCUUCAAAUGUCAUCUCUGCGAUGCCUCUUUCGGUGACAGAACUGGAGCGCUAGGUCAUUUAGCUUCGUCACAUCUGUCUGAAUAUGAGCAACUGGUGAACAAGGGAGCUCUGGACGCAGCUAGUGAUAGAAGCGAAAGUGCCGAUGACGAUGAGAGAGGGAAAUUUCCAGACCACGCCAACAGAAAGGUGGUAUGCGCGUUCUGCGUGCGUCGGUUCUGGUCCGCGGAGGACCUGCGGCGGCACAUGCGCACGCACUCCGGCGAGCGGCCCUUCGCGUGCGACCUCUGCCGCCGCCGGUUCACGCUGAAGCACUCCAUGCUGCGCCACCGCAAGAAGCACCGCGACGAGGUCACCGACGACGACGAGCCCACGCCGCCCCACACGCCGCCCGACGACGGCCAACUCGCCAACGGAUAUCGUUACCGAGACGACGACGGCUCGGGAAACGAAAUACCGAGCAACGUCAACAACAACAACUCCCCACCCGCCGCACCGUACGAGAAAAAGCUCAAAUUAGACAUGACGUCCCGCAAAUACUCGUCCGAAGCAGAAAACGACACAGAAAAUGGCGGAGACCUAAUCGGCAAACUUCUAGGCAUACCCGACAAGACGAUCAUCAACAAACUCCUCUCGUCAGCGGACGAAGCGGCCAAAUUCCUGGGCGUAAACAAAUGAGAGUACGCUUUAGUCCUCGUGACGCCGGCUAGAUUAAUCCUAGCCCCGCGGGGACUAAAAUUACCAAUCCAGAUUCAAACCUCAGCAACGAACCCGACUAUUCAGAAACCUUGUACAUCGCCAUCUAGCAACGAGUAGGUUAAAUAAGUUCUCGGUGUGCAAACUUUCUUCUAUAUUCUAUUUUUGGCAAUUUCUUUUGAAUAGGUGCCUUUAUAAUGCCUUAAUAAAUAAAGUGAAAACCGUCCUUUUCUGCCUUAACAUUAGAUUAUAAGCGCUUAUUGUGUGGGUGAAAAGCAACGAUUUUUUUUUUUUUAAUAGUGCCAGUUUACUGAAGUACAUUUCUAUAUUUUUAAUGAGUAGUCUCUAAGUAAUAUCUUAAAACGUUUUUUAUAUAAUAAAAUUAUCUACCCGUAGCACUAAUUUUAGGUCAAAUCAAUGUUUGUAUAAUUGUUAUUAAAACAAGCACCAAAUCCUCAUAGCUUUUUGUCAAGCCAAAUCCAGGUACAUUAUGCAUUUCCAUCUAGUCGCGUUUAAACUAUUUUCAAAUGAAGACAUUGCUUGAGAACUGUCGUUGAAUUCGUUUUAUUGUCUUAUUACAAAACGGAGCUUAUAUAACAAAUUGAUGCUUAUCGCUAUUUAAAUGGAAAUAUUUUCUAUACAAAAUGCAAUUUCUAAACGCCGAAUUCUAUCCAAUUUAUUUAACAAAUGUCUCGCUUUACUCCGAUUAUAAAAUUACCACUUUUUAUAAGUUUCAUUUUGUAAUAAGAGGAAUAAAGCUUUAUGCCAAACACUUUUAGUAAUCCAAAAUUUUCUAGUCACAAUAUUAGACGUGUUUCAUAUAUCGAUAUUUAAUAUUAAAUAAUACCAAAUUUGUGAAUUUUUAAAUUCGUUUUAUCUUAAGUAUUAUACUGGAUUGUAUUCGAUGUAACCUCAAGCUAUACUACCAAUGAAUAGGAGUAGUUUUAUUGUAAUAAUUAUCUUGUAUUUAGACCCUAAUAAGUACUUCUGCGCUUUUUCCUAAUCUU